CAAGCGGAAGUAAAACAGAGUGGCGCUUAUGGACACAUCUAUGAUCAUGCUGUAUUAACAUCUUCUUCUGUCUGGUGAAACCUUCUUUAUAAUCGUUAAAGGAAACAUUCCCAUGUUUCAUUUGUUGUCGUCGGAGCUCAGUGGUGUUUAAAUGCAUGUGGAUAGUGUGAUAAUGAUAUUUGCUGGAAGAGGCCCAGUGUGCAGUGAUGAUGCUUCUCUGUAUCAAAAAUAGAGUAUAUGAACACAUGCCGAAGUGUUUAUCAGUCAUGCUGUACACACCGGUCAUGCGUUAUUCCAGGAUUACCUGCGUGCUUGGGGCCAAAGGACAUAGAUAUCAUAAUUAACAGUGUCAUUAUUGGGUGACAUUGACGUGCAAAGCUGCGGUUUCCAGACAUGUCUGGAUUUUCGUGCAUCAUGUAUUUUGAAUGAGUGAAGCCCAGCGUGUGCAAACAUGCCUGACAUUCAAUUUUAUUCUGCGACAAACAAGUAUACAGACUUCUGCUGACUGCAUUUCGGAAACGAGGAUAUUAUGACUUUAGAAAAAUUGCAAGACACUUUUUGACAGGCAGUUUGGUUGAUAUCGAGGAGUUGACGGCUUCACUGGAUUUUUUGAAGAAUUAAACAGUAAAAGCAGCCAAUAUGAGGAUUUUUAGGACUUUGAUGAACACUGCAUCCAUCUCUAAGCACAUCGACUUUUACUCCAGAUUUUCUCCUUCUCCUCUCUCUAUGAAACAGUUCAUAGAUUUUGGUUCUAAGAAUGCAUGUGAGAAAACAUCUUUCACAUUUCUAAGACAGGAGCUGCCCGUCAGACUGGCAAAUAUAAUGAAGGAAAUAGAUUUAUUGCCUGAUAACCUGCUGAGGACUGCAUCAGUACGCCUGGUGCAGAGCUGGUACAUGCAAAGUUUCCAGGAUAUACUUGAGUUCAAGGACAGGGCUAUUGAUGAUGAAAAGGUCACACAUGACUUCACAGAUGCAGUGAUUAAGAUCAGAAACCGGCACAAUGAUGUGGUGCCCACCAUGGCUCAAGGAGUGGUUGAGUAUAAGGAGACCUAUGGUACUGACCCCAUCACCAGCCAGAAUAUGCAGUACUUCCUGGACCGGUUCUACAUGAGCAGGAUCUCAAUCAGAAUGCUCUUGAACCAGCACACUCUUCUGUUUGGAGGAAAGGUGCGUGUGAAUCCUGCUCAUCCCAAACAGAUUGGCAGCAUUGAUCCCAGCUGUUGUGUCACUGAUGUGGUGAAAGAUGCCUUUGAAAAUGCACGAAACCUGUGUGACAGGUAUUACAUGAACUCACCUGAGCUCGUGCUGGAGGAAUUUAAUGUUAAAGGACCCGAUAAACCCAUUACUGUGGUUUAUGUGCCCUCUCAUCUGUACCACAUGGUGUUUGAGCUCUUUAAGAAUGCCAUGCGUGCUACCAUGGAACUGCAUGAAGAUGCCAUGGACUAUCCAUCAGUACAUGUGCAGAUCACCCUCGGCCAUGAAGACCUGACUGUUAAGGUUAGUGACCGUGGAGGGGGAGUUCCGUUGAGGAAGAUUGACAGGCUGUUUACAUAUACAUACUCAACCGCCCCUCGACCUCAGAUGGACACAUCUCGAGCCACUCCUCUGGCUGGUUAUGGUUAUGGGCUGCCCAUCUCUAGACUCUACGCCAGGUAUUUCCAGGGUGAUUUGAAGCUCUACUCUAUGGAGGGAUAUGGCACAGAUGCUGUCAUAUAUAUCAGAGCUUUGUCCACAGAGUCCAUCGAAAGGCUCCCAGUUUACAACAAAUCUGCCUGGAAACAUUAUAAAACCAUCCACGAGGCCGAUGACUGGUGUGUUCCCAGCAAAGAGCCCAAAGACAUGACCACUUUCCGCAGCUUCUAGUCUUGAUCAAAGCUGCUCUUAUAGAUGUGCUCGCCCGGUUCCCCUCUAAGUGCUGAUCAUUGAGCUGACUGUGUUGAUCCAAGCAUCUUACCUUCAUCUUUCCACAUCUAUAGGUCAACGAAAUAUGAGUGAGGACAAUAAUGACAGGAAAUGUUGGCUCCAGAUGUUACAGAGGAACAUUAUAUACAUGGGCGAUGCUAAAACCCCAGAUGAUUCUAGUUUGUUCUUAUGAAAAUUUGAAGGGUCUGAAGUGUACUGGGUUGGCAGUAUUAUAAGUUAGCAGCAGUGUUCCUAGUGCCAUACUGUAUGCCAAAAAGAAAAAUAGGUUAUUGCUAUUUGGAUGUAUUUGUGUUUAAAUGUGUGUCAUUAUAAGCUUUCUUGACUCACAGGUAUUAUCUUAACAUUUAAAUCUGAUAUUUGGAUAGUAAACUUUAAAAUUAAAGGAACAGUUCAUCCAAAGUGAAAAAUCUGUCAUUAUGUACUCACCCUCAUGUUGCUCCAAAUUCAUAUGGCUACCUUUCUUCUGUGGAACACAGAAAUGUAUUAAAAAAAAGUUACCCCGGUUCUCUUUCAUACAAUGAAAGUGAAUGAUGACAGUCAAGUUCUAAAAAAGACCAAAGAGCACAUUAAAAGUAGUCCAUUCGACUUGUGCACUAUAUUCCAAGUCUUCUGAAUACAAUACCACUGUCUGAGAAACCGACUGACAUUUAAGUUGCAAUUCACUGAAAAUCUUUGUCUGACUGCCGUGGUCACCAUUGACUGUCAUUGUAUGGAAGGAAGCAGCAUUCUGCAAUAAAUAACUCCUUUUGUGUUCCACAGAAGAAAGUCAUACGGUUUUUCAACCACUUUCUGGUGAUUAAAUGUUGACCAUAUUCUAAUUUUUGGGUGGAUUACUCCAUAAAGUCAGUGUGAGAUUAUUUGACUGUUCACUUUGCAGUGUUGACCACUUUCGCUUUUUGAAACUGUUACACAUUGUGGUUCAUUUAGGAAAUCAAACACAUGUCUGUGUUUUACAAAGGCCUGUGUUUAUGUGAGCGAUUAAUGAUGCACCACCAAAACUGCAGCUUCACAUUUCAUGUACCAUCCUGUCUGUUAGAUUUUGUUGUUUCAAGCAAGAAACAGAAUUUGUAUUUUCCCUUCUCUAAUUAAGUGUUUGAGUGUUGCGUUUUAAAGAAUUAUUAUGCCUACGUCUUGCUUCACCCUGCUACAGAAAUUAUCUUGAGGUUCAUGGUUAACUUUCAAGCACUUAAUUGACAAGAAAAAAGAAACAAGCGUGUGUAAGUGUAAACUGAUAGCUUCUUUUGACUAAAUCUGAACCCACUGAACAAGAGUGAAGUGUCCAAAUUAAAACUCAUCCAGAAUGUGUAAAUAAAGGAUUUGGAGUACUUUCUUGGAAACCUGACUGGACCUGCUGCCUCAUAACUUCUGUUACAGUAUAGAUGUCAAUUUAACAUGUUAAUUCACCUUUUCAAUACAGACAUUGCCUGUCAGUUAACUUCAGAAUUCACAUGCACAUUAGCUGGAGCAGCCUGAAAAAUAGUGUUUUUAUUUUUUAUUAUACUAGUCAGAUAUUACUGCUAAUUUGAAAUAUGUUAUUUAAUUUUAAUGUUUACAAACCAUUCUGGAGAUUGUCUUCUUUCCCCAUUCUAGUGAUAUGAAGCUGUACUUGUGUCCCUCUUCAUAGAAAAUUGCUGCCUGGAAGCAUUAAAAAGUUAGUUCAGUGGUUUAAUCCAUAUCUUCAGAAGUGAUAUGAUAGGUGUGGGUGAGAAACAUCACUAUUUAAGUCCUUUUUUACUAUAAAUUUUCUUCCCUGUGCAGUAGGUGGCAAUAAAGAAUGCAAAUCACCAAAAACAAAAGAAGUGAAAGAGGAGAUUUAUAGUAAAUAAGGACUUAAAUAUUGAUCUGUUUCUCACCUACACCUAUCAUAUCACUUUUGAAGAUAUGGAUUUAACCACUGAAGUCAUAUGGAUUACUUUUAUGCUGCCUUUAUAUGCUUUUGGGAGCUUCAAAGUUCUGGCCACCAUUCUUCAUCUUUUUGCAUUGUAUGGUCCUACAGAGCUGAAAUAUUCUUCUAAAAAUCUUUGUUUAUGUUCAGCAGAAGAAAGGAAGUCAUACACAUCUGGGAUGGCAUGAGGGUGAGUAAAUAAUGAGAAAUGUAAUUUUUGGGUGAACUAUCCUUUCUAAGUACAGUACAUCGCCGGCGAUUGACCCGACUUGCCUAAAAGGGUCGUAUUUCAAAUGGAACCAUCGGACUGGUCACAUGAGACAUGCACUGUUUUUUUGGAGUCCCAAAGAAAUCCAACUCCUACCCCUAAACCUAACCCUAACUUUAAUAGAAACAAAUGCGGGGGCCUGGGUAGCUCAGCGAUUAAAGACACUGACUACCACCUGGAGUCGCAAGUUCAAAUCCAGGGUGUGCUGAGUGACUCCAGCCAGGUCUCCGAAGCAACCAAACUGGCCUGGUUGCUAGGAAGGGUAGAGUCACAUGGGGUAACCUCCUCUUGGUUGCUAUAAUGUGGUUCUCGCUCUCGGUGGGGCACGUGGUGAGUUGUGCAUGGAUGCCGCGGAGAAUAGCGUGAAGCCACCACAUGCGCUAUGUCUCAGCAGUUAAUGUCAGCAGUGUUAUGCCAAGGGGUUUCAAGCAGGGGGCCACAAUGGGGUCCCUAGUGUAAAAAAUGAA